UCCAUGUUAGCGCAUAGAGUGCUCUAAAUAUUUCCAUCUGCUCCCCUUGGAGGGAGCUUCUGCACCCUGGUGCCCUCCAGAUGUUGCUUUUCUUCCAACUGCAGCUUUAGGAGUUUCCAUUAUUUUCUAUACAGUAUUCUAAAUGUAUCAAAGGGUCAGAAACUGGUUUCCUGGAUGGCUGUUCGGGGGAAAGGAAAAGCGAGGUCUGCAGAGUGUAUCGUGGCAACAGCUGAGAGAGUCCCAGAAGUGGCCUGGUUUAUGAUUCCUCCUCCUCCUCCGUCUUUUCCACUGGCAACGCAAUGGUCUCUGAUACACCCUCUCAACGGUCUCUUCUCAGAGGUGGAGUGGAAAGAGGAGCCAGGCAGCUUCCUCAGGCCCUCUUGACCUUUGAGGAGGUGGCUGUGUUUUUCACGGAGGAGGAGUGGGCUCUGCUGGAUCCAGGCCAGCGAGCUCUGCACAAGGAAGUCAUGGAGGAGAAUUAUGAGAUGGUGGCCUCUUUAGGUUAUGGAGAAGGCAAUCAGAAUUUUGAGGGGCCAUCUGUAAAGUACUUCAGCAUGAGUGAACACCUUAGCACACAACUACAAACUAACGCAGGGGAGAAACCCUUUAAAUUUAUGGAGUGUGGGAAGGGUUUCAUUGAGAGUGGAGCUCUUAAAAGGCAUCAACGAACUCACACAGGGGAGAAACCAUUUCAGUGUAUGGACUGUAGGAAGAGCUUCAGGGAUAUGGGAAAACUUACAAGACAUCAACAAACUCACACAGGGGAGAAACCAUUCAAAUGUGUGGAGUGUGGAAUGAGCUUCCGUCAUAGGGAAACGCUUAAUAGGCAUCAAAGAAAUCACACAGGGGAGAAACCAUUUCAAUGUAUGGAGUGUGGGAAGGUUUUCAGUCAAAGGAGAAGACUUGCCGUACAUCAACGAACUCACACAGGCGAGAAACCAUUUAAAUGUAUAGAGUGUGGGAAGGGUUUCAUUGAGAGAGGAGCUCUUACAAAACAUCAACGAACUCACACAGGUGAGAAACCAUUUAAAUGUAUGGAGUGCGGAAGGAGUUUCAGUCAGAAUGGAAACCUUACUAUACAUCAACGAACUCACACAGGUGAGAAACCAUUUAAAUGCUUGGAAUGUGGGAAGAGCUUCCGUCAGAAUGGAGCUCUUAAUACACAUCUACGAACUCACACAGGUGAGAAACCAUUUAAAUGCAUAGAGUGUGGGAAGGGUUUCAUUGAUAGAGGAGCUCUUACAAAACAUCAACGAACUCACACAGGCGAGAAAUCAUUUAAAUAUUUGGAAUGUGGGAAGAGCUUCUGUCGGACUGGAGCUCUUACAAAACAUCUACGAACUCACACAGGCGAGAAACCAUUUAAAUGCUUGGAAUGUGGGAAGAGCUUCAGUCAGAAUGGAGCUCUUACAACACAUCUACGAACUCACAGGGGAGAAACCAUUUAAAUCUUUGGAGUGUGGGGAGGGUUUCAGUCAAGGGGAAAACUUACUGUGUGAGGCUGAAAAGGCGUUUUCCAUAAACUCUGUAUGAAUAACGUUUCUAUGUUAGUAUUAAGGGUGUUCUUUCAAAAUAGUUGGUUUUGAGUUUCCCAGGGUAUCAAACAACAGCAUUGAUGUAACAUUUAUAUGUAAUGAACGACACAAUAUUAAUACUAAUGUUCAGAUAUAUAGUUAAUUUCUUAAAGAAUAUAUGUGGUUUAGUGAAAUGUCUUUAUUAAAUCAUAGGAAUAGUCAAUCAGGGAUAGUCUGUGAGGACCACAAGUGAUCUCAUGGUAUAACUGAUGAUAUAUUUAGUAUGCUUAAUGGUAUGAAUGGAAGAUAUGAAUGGAGAAGUGUCUGAAGUGAGUGGAAUCAGAUGGCACUAUGACUCUGAAGACAGAAGAUAAAGAAAUGAUUAAAUGGAAGAUGAAGAAUUAUUGAGUUAGCCAGUGGACCAGGCGAAAUCAGGAUGGACAAAAAUAAUUGGGCAAAAAUAUGACAUAAGCAGGAUGACAGCAUGUCUGGGUGAAGUAGGACAACCUGAAAACUAAAAAUAUGAUUGAUGAAUGAGUGGUGAAUGAAUGAGUCCUUAUUGCUUAUUACUUGUUAAUCAAUAAAGAUUGGUAAUCUGAAGAGAA